CCUAGCCUGGUGUAACACCCCUGCAGCCCAGGGAUGUCCCUUACAGGUGCGGAGAGCCCCUCUGCCCCUGUGACCAGUUCCCAAGCUGGUACCUGUGACUCCUCUCUGCCUCUCAGACAACCGGGCUACCUCCCUGCUCUUUCAUCCUGUCUCUUGCAGCUGGUCUUCUCUGUCUUUGCCGGACUGUCCCUGAGUCGGUCUAGCCCUCCAUCUCGCUGUCUCUGGCCUCUGGGUCUGCCUCCGCUUCCCCAGUGCGGUCUCCUAGCCCUCUCCCCGGCCCUGUCCCCUCUUCUCUCAGCUCCGGCAACUGCCUCACUAGCCCAGUGCCCCUUCAAGGACUGCAGCUGGCAGUAUGGGCUUGGAACAGGUCAGGAGAGCUGGGUUCCCCCUGGGGGAGGGGUUUUCCCAGGCUCUCAACCCUCUCUUAGGCUGCUUGCCUUGUCAUCUCUCACCUGACCCUGGCCACCUUAAGGCCACACCUCCACAGACUGCAACCCCUUAAUUUUAAGUCCUUUCUCUGGUAGCCCUCCCUCCCCCAGACCCCAGACUGCACGCCUAACCUGGAAGCCCUAGGACCAGAUGUGGGACUCUAAGCCCUCCCAGCAUCCCCUCUCCUGGCUUCUUCCCCAGCUUCUCUGCUCAGAGUUGACUGACCAGAGAUUUAUCAGUUUGGAGGGCUGGAGGUGUGGAUCCAUGGGGUAGCCCCAACGCAUCUGCCCCUCUGCCCCAGCCAGCUCAUGGGCCACCUAGCCCAGCCCAGCCUCAGCACCUGGGGUCAGUGAACAGAGCCCUGGCUGGAGUCCAAGCAUGUGGGGCCUAGUGAGGCUCCUGCUGACCUGGCUAGGUGGCUGGGGCUGCAUGGGGCGUCUGGCAGCCCCAGCCCGGGCCUGGGCGGGGUCCCGGGGGCGCCCCGGGCCUGCACUGCUACGGACUCGAAGGAGCUGGGUCUGGAACCAGUUCUUUGUCAUUGAGGAAUAUGCCGGUCCAGAGCCUGUCCUCAUUGGCAAGCUGCAUUCGGAUGUUGACCGAGGUGAGGGUCGUACCAAGUAUCUGCUGACUGGUGAGGGGGCAGGCACCGUCUUUGUGAUUGAUGAGGCCACAGGCAAUAUCCAUGUCACCAAGAGCCUGGACCGGGAGGAGAAAGCACAGUAUGUACUGCUGGCCCAAGCUGUGGACCGAGCCUCCAACCGGCCCCUGGAGCCCCCAUCAGAGUUCAUCAUCAAGGUGCAAGACAUCAACGACAACCCUCCCAUCUUUCCACUCGGGCCCUACCAUGCCACCGUGCCCGAGAUGUCCAACGUGGGAACGUCAGUGAUCCAGGUGACGGCUCAUGACGCCGACGACCCCAGCUAUGGGAACAGCGCCAAGCUGGUAUACACCGUGCUUGACGGACUGCCUUUCUUCUCUGUGGACCCCCAGACUGGAGUGGUGCGUACAGCCAUCCCCAAUAUGGACCGGGAGACACAGGAGGAGUUCUUGGUAGUGAUCCAGGCCAAGGACAUGGGCGGCCACAUGGGGGGGCUGUCGGGCAGCACUACAGUAACCGUCACCCUCAGCGAUGUCAACGACAACCCCCCCAAGUUCCCUCAGAGCCUGUACCAGUUCUCUGUGGUGGAGACAGCUGGGCCUGGCACCCUGGUAGGCCGGCUCCGUGCCCAGGACCCAGACGUGGGGGACAAUGCUCUCAUGGCAUACAGCAUCCUGGACGGGGAGGGGUCUGAGGCCUUCAGCAUCAGCACGGACUCCCAGGGUCGAGAUGGGCUCCUCACUGUCCGCAAGCCCCUCGAUUUUGAGACCCGUCGCUCCUACUCCUUCCGUGUGGAGGCCACCAACACGCUCAUCGACCCAGCAUACCUGCGGCGAGGGCCCUUCAAGGAUGUGGCUUCAGUGCGUGUGACUGUGCAGGAUGCUCCAGAGCCACCUGCCUUCACCCAGUCUGCCUACCACCUGGCAGUGCCUGAGAACAAGGCGCCUGGAGCCCUGGUGGGCCAGAUCUCAGCUGCUGACCUGGACUCGCCAGCCAGCCCAAUCAGAUAUUCCAUCCUCCCACACUCGGACCCGGAGCGUUGCUUCUCCAUUGAGCCCGAAGACGGCACCAUCCGCACAGCAGUGCCCCUGGACCGCGAAGCUCGUGUCUGGCACAACCUCACAGUGCUGGCCACGGAGCUCGACAGCUCCGCACAGGCCUCCCGCGUGCAGGUGGCCAUCCAGACCCUGGAUGAGAACGACAAUGCUCCGCAGCUGGCUGAGCCCUAUGACACCUUUGUGUGUGAUUCCGCAGCGCCCGGCCAGCUCAUUCAGGUCAUCCAUGCCCUGGACAGAGACGAAGUGGGCAACAGUAGCCGGGUGUCCAUUCAAGGUCCUCUGGGCCCGGAUGCCAACUUCACUGUCCGGGACAAUCGAGAUGGCUCCGCCAGCCUACUGCUGCCCUCUCGCCCUGCUCCGCCCCGCCAGGCCCCCUACCUGGUCCCCAUAGAGCUGUGGGAUUGGGGGCAGCCAGCACUGAGCAGCACUGCCACGGUGACUGUCAGCGUGUGCCGCUGCCGGCCUGACGGCUCCGUGGCCUCCUGCCGGCCAGAGGCUCAGCUCUCCCCUGCCGGGCUCAGCACUGGCGCCCUGCUUGCCAUCGUCACCUGUGUGGGUACCUUGCUUGCCCUGGUGGUGCUCUUCGUGGCCCUGCGGCGGCAGAAGCAGGAAGCCCUGAUGGUACUAGAGGAGGAGGACGUCCGCGAGAACAUCAUCACCUGAGCAGCCCCGCCAGCCCCCGGCCCGCCCGCGCGCCGCGAUGUGCUGCCCCGGGCUCGGGCUCCGCGCCAGCCCAGGCCCCCGGGGCCAGCCGACGUGGCCCAGCUCCUGGCGCUGCGGCUCCGCGAGGCAGACGAGGACCCCAGCGUGCCCCCGUACGACUCGGUGCAGGUGUACGGCUACGAGGGCCGGGGCUCCUCCUGCGGCUCCCUCAGCUCCCUGGGAUCUGGCAGCGAGGCUGGCGGCACUCCUGGCCCCGCGGAGCCGCUGGACGACUGGGGAACUCUCUUCCGCACCCUGGCCGAGCUGUAUGGGGCCAAGGAGCCCCCGGCCCCGUGAGCAGCGGCCCUGCCCCUCGCAGUGGGACAGCCUACACAGGCCCUCUGAGUGACCCCACGGGGUCCAGGCAGGCGGCAGCAGCCCAGGGGCCUCAGGUCUCCUGUCCCUGUGUCCCUCCCCCUCCUCCCUUCCCAGGGCACCCGUGCUCUUCCCUCCCUCCUCCGGAGUCGCUCUGUAUGUCUCUCCAGGGA